UUUUUCAAAAUAACAUAGGAGUUUUGAGACUUUUGUGAGCGUCAAGUGAUAGAGAGUAUUAAACCCUAAACCUUUUUCGAACCCCAACUCCACCAUGGGAAGCAGCCAAGCCGCAGUCUCUUUCCUUACAAAUCUUGCACGCGCCGCCAUCGGUCUCGGCGCCGCAGCCAGCGCUCUCAAUUCCUCUCUCUACACAGUAGACGGUGGCCAACGCGCCGUUCUCUUCGACCGUUUCCGCGGCAUCCUCGACGAAUCAAUCGGCGAAGGAACUCAUAUCCUCAUUCCAUGGGUUCAAAAACCAUACAUCUUCGACAUCCGAACUCGUCCUCACACUUUCUCAUCUGUCUCCGGCACCAAAGAUCUUCAAAUGGUUAACCUAAGCCUCAGAGUCCUCUCUCGUCCUGAUACGGCAAAACUCCCCGUGAUCGUUCAAAAUCUCGGUCUCGAAUAUGACGAUAAAGUCCUUCCUUCGAUCGGUAACGAGGUUCUGAAAGCCGUCGUCGCGCAAUUCAAUGCCGAUCAGCUUCUCACGGAGCGUCCGCAGGUUUCUGCCCUUGUCCGGGAUAGCCUUGUCCGACGUGCUAAGGAUUUCAACAUCCUUCUUGAUGACGUGUCGAUCACGCAUUUAUCUUAUGGUCCGGAAUUUUCGCGUGCUGUUGAGCAGAAGCAGGUGGCUCAACAAGAAGCUGAGAGGUCUAAAUUUGUUGUGAUGAAAGCUGAGCAGGAGCGUCGAGCCGCGAUUAUUCGUGCUGAGGGUGAGAGUGAUGCUGCUAAGUUGAUUUCUGAUGCUACUGCUGCUGCUGGUAUGGGGCUGAUUGAACUUAGGAGGAUUGAGGCUUCUAGGGAAGUUGCUCGGACGCUUGCGAAAUCGCCUAAUGUUUCUUAUCUUCCUGGUGGAAAUAACUUGAUCAUGUCUCUUAAUGUUCCCCGUUGAUUGUAGUUGGUAAUAUUCUUUUAUUCACUUUUCAUUUUUUUCUUCUACUUGUGUUUAGUUUUUAAUUGCAAGGCUUUGAAUAGCAGUAAUAGUCAUGGAUUGAAGCUUUGUUAUGGUCGAAUCACAUAUAUAUGAAAAUCUAGAAGUUUUCUUUUCCGAUUGUGGUCACGGACCUUGGUCAUUGCUACAUUACAAUGUGCAUGAGUGUAUGUUCUCUUUAUUCAUCAUUGCCAUUUGAUA